CCUGCCUAUGCCCCAGUGAGGUGGGCAGUGUAAAAUUCAGUGUCUUCUUCUCCGCACAGCGAAUCCAAAACCAUCAGUCAAAAUGGUGAACUUCACCGUAGACCAGAUCCGUGCCAUCAUGGACAAAAAGUCCAACAUCCGUAACAUGUCCGUGAUCGCUCAUGUGGACCAUGGAAAGUCCACAUUGACUGACUCGCUGGUGUCAAAGGCCGGUAUCAUUGCCUCUGCCCGUGCCGGAGAGACCCGUUUCACUGACACCAGAAAGGAUGAGCAGGAACGUUGCAUCACCAUCAAGUCCACCGCUAUCUCCAUGUACUACGAGCUCUCCGAUAACGACUUGGCCUUCAUCAAGCAGUGCAAAGAUGGCUCCGGCUUUCUCAUCAACCUGAUCGACUCCCCCGGGCACGUCGACUUCUCCUCCGAGGUGACCGCUGCUCUGCGUGUCACUGACGGAGCCCUUGUGGUCGUGGACUGUGUGUCCGGUGUGUGCGUGCAGACGGAGACCGUGCUGAGGCAGGCCAUCGCAGAGCGCAUCAAGCCCGUUCUGAUGAUGAACAAAAUGGACCGGGCCCUGCUGGAGCUGCAGCUGGAACCCGAGGAGCUGUACCAGACCUUCCAGCGCAUCGUGGAGAACGUCAACGUCAUCAUCUCCACCUACGGCGAGGACGAGGGCGGCCCCAUGGGUAACAUCAUGAUCGAUCCAGUUGUCGGUACUGUUGGCUUCGGUUCCGGUCUCCACGGCUGGGCCUUCACCCUGAAGCAGUUUGCUGAGAUGUACGUGACCAAGUUCGCUGCCAAGGGCGACGCCCAGUUGGGCCCUGCCGAGCGAUGCAAGAAGGUGGAGGACAUGAUGAAGAAACUUUGGGGCGACAGAUAUUUCGAUCCCGCCACCGGCAAGUUCAGCAAAUCUGCCGUCAGCCCUGAUGGCAAGAAGCUGCCCAGAACCUUCGCCCAGCUCAUCCUGGACCCCAUCUUCAAGGUCUUCGAUGCCAUCAUGAACUUUAAGAAGGAGGAGACAGCCAAGCUGAUUGAGAAGCUGGACAUUAAGCUGGACAAUGAGGAUAAGGAUAAGGAAGGCAAGCCCCUCCUGAAGGCAGUGAUGCGUCGCUGGCUGCCCGCCGGAGAAGCCCUGCUUCAGAUGAUCACCAUCCACCUGCCUUCCCCCGUCACCGCCCAGAAAUACCGCUGUGAGCUGCUCUACGAGGGACCAGGAGACGACGAGGCCGCCAUGGGAAUCAAGAACUGCGACCCCAAGGCACCCCUGAUGAUGUACAUCUCCAAAAUGGUGCCGACCUCCGACAAGGGUCGUUUCUACGCUUUCGGCCGUGUCUUCUCCGGCAUGGUGUCCACCGGCCUGAAGGUGCGCAUCAUGGGACCAAAUUUCACCCCUGGAAAGAAGGAAGACCUUUACCUCAAACCCAUUCAGAGGACCAUUCUGAUGAUGGGCCGUUACGUCGAGCCCAUUGAGGACGUGCCAUGCGGUAACAUCGUGGGUCUGGUCGGCGUGGACCAGUUUUUGGUGAAGACAGGGACCAUCACAACCUACGAGCAGGCCCAUAACAUGCGCGUGAUGAAGUUCAGCGUCAGCCCUGUGGUGAGAGUGGCCGUGGAGGCCAAGAACCCGGCAGACCUCCCCAAACUGGUGGAGGGGCUCAAACGCCUGGCCAAGUCCGACCCCAUGGUCCAGUGUAUCAUCGAGGAGUCCGGAGAACACAUCAUCGCCGGAGCUGGUGAGCUCCACCUGGAGAUCUGCCUGAAGGAUCUGGAGGAGGACCACGCCUGCAUUCCAAUCAAGAAAUCUGACCCAGUCGUAUCCUACAGAGAAACCGUUAGUGAGGAGUCAUCCCAGAUGUGCCUGUCCAAGUCGCCCAACAAGCACAACCGUCUGUUCAUGAAGGCCCGCCCCUUCCCGGAGGGUCUGGCCGAGGACAUCGAGAAGGGAGAGGUCACCGCCCGCCAGGAGCUCAAAGCCCGCGCUCGUUACCUGGCCGACAAGUACGAGUGGGAGGUGACAGAGGCCCGUAAGAUCUGGUGCUUUGGACCCGACGGAACUGGGCCCAACGUCCUGGUGGACGUGACCAAGGGAGUGCAGUACCUGAACGAGAUCAAGGACAGCGUGGUCGCCGGCUUCCAGUGGGCCAGUAAAGAGGGUGCCUUGUGUGAGGAGAACAUGCGUGCCAUCCGCUUCGACAUCCACGACGUGACCUUGCACACCGACGCCAUCCACCGUGGUGGCGGCCAGAUCAUUCCAACAGCCCGCCGAGUCUUGUACGCCUGCCAGCUCACAGCCGCGCCCAGACUGAUGGAGCCCGUCUACCUGGUGGAGAUCCAGUGCCCUGAGGCAGUGGUGGGUGGCAUCUACGGAGUGCUGAACAGGAAACGUGGUCACGUGUUUGAGGAGUCUCAGGUCAUGGGAACACCCAUGUUCGUGGUCAAGGCUUACCUGCCUGUCAACGAGUCCUUUGGUUUCACAGCUGACUUGCGCUCCAACACAGGUGGUCAGGCUUUCCCUCAGUGUGUGUUUGACCACUGGCAGAUCCUGCAGGGUGACCCCAGCGAGGCCUCAUCCAAACCCUCUCAGAUCGUCGCCGAAACACGCAAACGCAAGGGGCUCAAAGAGGGAAUCCCAGCGCUGGAUAACUUCCUGGACAAAUUGUAAAAGCCACCGUCCCGUACCCUCUUUUUUUCCCCUCCCCUCCCCUCCCCCCCCCCACACACACGCGCACACACACACAAACACACCCCUCUCCCCUCCCUCUCGACCCACAGGGACUGGACUGUACAGAGCGACCAUGAGCACUAACAGCUUGCCAAAAGACGACCAGAUGCGAUUUGAUUAAGAAUUUAAACAAUAAUAAAGGAAAAUUAAAAAUUGAA